CGCGCUUCUCGCCCCCGGGCGCGCGCGCCCGCCCGCGCGACGACGAGGAUGGGCGUCCUCGGCGCCCUCGCCGCCAUCGUGCGGUCCCCUAUCCGCGCGGUCCGCCGCCGCGUGACGUACGGCACGUUCGAGAGAGACCCCGAAGAAAGCCCCGAGACGACGCGCGCGCCGCUGCCGUGGUACACCGUGCGCGUCGUCGCGUUCGUCGCCGCGAUCGUCGCUCUCCAGGGGUACGACAUUGGCGUCAUGGCCGGCGCGCGGCUCGCGAUGCAGCGCGACCGGAACUUCGAGACGUGGCAGAGCGAGAUCGUCGUCGGGUGCCUGAACUUCGUCAGCGCGUUCGGCGCGCUCGCCGGCGGGAUGGCGUACAACAAGCACGGCGCCGUGCGAAGCGUCGGCGCCGCGCUCGCGCUGUUCGUGCUCGGCACGGCCGUCGCCGCGAGCGCGUACUCGUUCACGCAGGCGGCGUGCGGCCGAGCCGUGUGCGGCGUCGGCGUCGGCCUCGCGUUCGCGACGUGCCCGGCGUACCUCGCGGAGAUCUCCCCGCCGGCGCGGCGCGGCGCCGUCGUCGCCGCGGGCUUCGAGCUCGCCAUCGUGUCCGGGCUGCUCCUGGGCUACGUCGCGUCGCUCAUCGCGGUGACGUGCGAGGACGACGACGCGACGCGAUGGAGGGUAUCCGUCGGCGCGCCCGUGCCGGUGGCGAUUCUCCUCCUCGCGCUCGUGCCGUGGAUGCCAGAGUCGCCGCGGUGGCUCAUGCGCGAGCCGAAUCCUCGCGCCGCGGAGGCGUUGGAGGUGUUGAGGAAGACGUUCGGCGUCGGCUCCCCGGGAGGGGUAAAGUCGAAGUCCCCGGGAAAUGGACGGCGACGACGCGUCGGCAGCGCGUCCGGGGGUUGGCGCGGGGUAUUCUCCGACGACCCCGCGUGCCGGAGAGCGCUCGUCGUCGGCGUCGGCUUGAUGUUUUUCCAGCAGGCGUGCGGCACGGAGGCGGCGGUCUACUACGUCCCGACGUUACUCCGAGACGCCGGGUGGUCGUCGGAGACGGACCAGAUCAAAGCCGCGUGCGCGGUCGGCGCGACCAAGACGUUCUUCGUGCUCGUCUCCGCGUUCGUGAUCGACGGCCUGGGCGGGCGGCGACGGACGCUGCUGACGUCGGUGGCGUUUUCGUUCGCGUGUUCCGUCGCGCUCGCCGCGAGCGUCGCGAGCGUCGCGAGCCCGGCCGCGACGCUGACCGUCCUGUGUCUCUACGUCGCCGCGUUCUCCGCCGGCGUCGGUCCGGUGACGUGGGUCGUGAACGCGGAGCUGUGGCCGAGAGCGGUCAGGGCGAGAGGGACCGCGCUGGGGGUGGCGGUGAACCGAGCGACGUCCGGCGCCGUCGCGAUGAGUUUUUUAAGCCUUUCGGACGCGCUCGGAGGCGCUGGCGGCGCGUUCGCGUGUUUCGCGGGGGUGUGCCUGUGUCACUUCAUCUUCGCGUACGCGCUCGUGCCGGAACUGAAAGGACGGUCGCUGGAGCAGAUCGAG